AAGUAGCACGAAAGCAAAAGUGUGUGUGUGUGUGAGAGAGAGAGAGAGCGAGAGAGAGUGUGUGUGUGUGACAAACUACAACAGAGACCAAACUAACGCAUUUCCUGCAGCGAUGGCGUCAGAGGCAGUGUACAACAGCACCACCACGGCAGAUCCAAGCUCAAGACAGAACCGAUGUUUCAACAUACCGAAUAAUAACCUGGACUUGGUCAGGUUUUGCCUAAAAGUCUUAGAAGUGCUCCUGUCCUUCGUGGCGUUCGUCCUGGAGGAGUCGGUGAACAGUUGCACUUCCUGCAGCGCUCUUUACUUCUUUGAGUUUGUGAGCUGCACGGCCUUCCUCUUCACACUCCUCCUCCUCAUCCUCCUCUCCACGCCGCUGCACAUGAAAGUCGGCAUCAACUGCUGGCCCAAACUGGAUUUCGUGUACUCAGUUCUGAUCUUCCUCCUCCUGAUCAUCGCCUCCAUCGCAUUUGCAGCAAAUAACAACGGCACAGGGCUGGAGAACGCCACCGUGGGUUUCGGCUUUAUCGCCUCCUUCACGUUCCUCGCGGACGUGCUCGUCUUCUACAGGGCGAGAGGUUUUCCGUUUUCUGAAAAUCCCAGAGACCCACCAGUGGGUUCGACUGAACCGGCGCAGGAGAGCGAGAAGCUGAACGCCAACGGUACCAACGGUACCAACUGAUCCGGGUCCCGGUUCCUGAACAACGUCCGACUGACUUGCGAAUUCCGGUUUAAACCGGCUCCACAGCCACACUCUACAGUUUAAUUUAUAUUUUAUUCCUGGUAUUUAGUUUUUUUUUCUGUAGGGUCCGCGCAUCGUGUAUUUUUAACGUUUGUCCUCCCUUCGCGCCUCGGCACACGCGGGUGUGGUCUCUCCUACGAUUUUUUAAGAUCCAGGACGGAACAUUUCAUUUUCAGGGAGUGUUUAAAACAAAAAGGUGUAAUGUUAUCAUCCGUAGUGUCCGCUAACGAGCAACACAGAGGGAACGCAAACAUUCCCGCGAGGAAGUGUCCAAUCAGAAUGAGUGUGUGAGUGUGUGUGUGUGUGUGUGUUGUAGCAUUCCUAAUCUGACAUUCCUCAUUCCUCUUUAUACCUACAUUAAAGCACAAAAACGUCAGUCAUUUUAUUAUUUUUAUUAUAAAUUUUUAUAUAUUUCUAUUUUACGUUAGCCGUCAUGCUCGUCAGCGUUUUAGUUCCGUAAGUUUUGCACACGAUAUCAUGACCAGUCAUAAUAUUUGUAUUAAUUUGUUCCCACACACACACACACACACACACACACACACUCUCUCUCUCUUUAAAAGCCCCAAAAACCAAGAAAAACUAACUGAACGCUUUUUACACUGAGCAAGUCUUUUAAAUAAAUAGAAAGAAAUUUUUAAAUACAUGAAGGUGUGUGUGUGUGUGUGUGUGUGUGUGUGUGGGUUUGUGUAUGUUUGUGUAUGUUUGAGGUAGGGCUGCACGAUAUGAUCCUAAAUCCACAUUAUGAUAAUUUUGAAGUGAUAUAAAUUAAGUUUUUUAAAUAUUAAAUGUGAGAUUUUCUACUAGGAUGUGUGUAUCGAGGCUGACUGACGUCAUAAUGAGGACGUUUGUCAAUAUUUAUUUAUAAAAACAAAUUAUUACAGAAAAAAACCCAUAAAUUAUUGACAAACUGCGUGAAUUCUCGGCUGUGUGUAUUUUGUGUAAUAAAUCGUGAUUAAAUAAUGGCACAGGUGUGUGUGUGUGUGUUUGUGUGUCGCGGUUUAGGUUGGAGUUGUGCGGUGCUAGUGUGCGGUAUCGCGUGUGAUUAUGCUAGUGUGUGAUAUCGCGCUGAAGGAGUGACACUCUGGAGCUGUACAAUCGUUGGAGAACUCGCGGUUAAACCCAGACGGACAGACGUAUAAACCCCCUGAAUGAAAGACAAUCAGACCUUUUAGGUGUGUGUGUGUGUGUAUGUGUUCGGUUAGAAAGUGACGAGCGGCUCCGGGUGUGUGGACUGUGGGCGUGGCCUUUCCCUCCCGUACGUCCGUUAUGUUAAUCCGUCUUGCUGUUGUUGUUUUUUAAGUGUUUUAUACUGAAGGUGAAUUUUGUACACAGUUUCCUCUCGGCGUCGGUCAGAGGAGCCGCAUCACGGAUCAGCUCAGUACCGCUAGGAGCAGAACGGAGGGUAAAGUCCCAGUGUUUCUAAAGCUUUCUUGUAUCUGAGUGUGUAGGUCCGGUUCUUCUUAAGUCUAAUGCGUUCUGUAGUUCUGAUUCUGACGGACUGAAACAGCUGGUCCGGUCUGUACAGAUGUUUUUAUUGCUUUAGAGAGAGAUAUAGUCUGAAGUGACGUUCCCUUGAUGCCACGCAGCCUGAGCUGAAAUUAAGUGUUUUUAUACCGAUAAUUAGUCUUACUAUGAACCGGUGUGUGUGUGUGUGUGUGUGUGUGUGCAUGCGGUUCUUAAAUGCCCGACUGUAUAAACGGACUGCAAUCCUGUAACAAGAAAAUAUUCUGACUUGCACGAGCACCUUCCGGUUUCCCAAACCAGCGCUCAUUAAUAACUCCAACAUUCCGCCUGAUGAUGUCAUUAUCAUAUAAAAAUGUGAGCCGCGGUCUGAGUGAACUGUUGACGAUUUAUGUACAAUCAAUAUCAGCAAUGCUGUUUAACAGUAACACACACAUAUUAAUAUUUUUAUUUUUAUUUUAAUCAUCACUGAUGAUCUUUAAGGUUUUAAUGAGUGACUGUAAACGCUUCGACACGCCUAUUAACUUCACUUUAAUCAUUAAUCACUAAUUAAAUUUUUGGUCUUAUUUGAUUAUUUUUCUUUUUGUAAAUGUCAAAUCUGUGAAUGUUUUCGAAUUGUUUUUUUUUUAAUCUAGAUGUACAAUAAAAUAUCGGGGAACAAACACACACACACACACUCCUUUCUGUGUCUCUGAUUUUUGUGUCUUUUUUUUUACAUGCAUUUAAUAAAAUGAUUUAAAAUGUAAAAUCAAUGGAUUUAUUCAAGAAAGUGUGGAAAAAAUGUUAAAAGUAAAUAAGUGCUGUCU